GCAGGUCCGUUGCCCAGGGAGGCUAUGGGCUGGCGCUGUGCCUGCUGGCCCCACAAGUGACCGACCCUCGGGAAGCGGAAGCAGCAGCCGUGAGCAGGAUGGGCUCCCUUCUCCCCCCUCCCUUCUCCCGGCCCAGAGAGAGGCUCUCAGAGGCCAGGGACGGACCCUAGAGAGGGGGGAGGGGGGGAGAGCAGGCCAUGGGGUUCCUGCCGGCUGGGGGGCAAAGGCCAGGCCUCCUCCAGCCAUGAGGCACCGGCUGCCCCCUUGGGAGUCGCUGAGGCUGAGCCCCAGGCAGCAGGACCCACGGGAGAGAUGCUUUGCGCCCCGACCGAGGGGGCAGCCGAAUCGACGCUUUCUGGGGAACGGCUUGCGGUCAUGCGGGGCAGGAGGCUGUGACGCCCCCCUGGCGGGGCAAAGGGGCUGCCAUGGCCAGCCAGGAGGCAGCCCCGGAGGCCGGGCAAGAGAAGGCUGUCACCGGGGUCCGCUCCGUGCUGCUCAAGCGCGACUCGCCGGGUGCUGAGGACCGCCUGCAGCGCCGCCGCCACCGCGCCCAGCAGGUGCGCUUCAAGGACCUGGAGGAGGGCGAAGAGGAGCCCCCGGGCAGCCACCUCCCACGUGCCUCUGCCGCAAACUGCGCCAGGCGGAGCUGGCCCCAAUCCGGGCCCCGCCUGCUGCUCGCCCUGCCGGAUCCCCACGGGGCGACUGGCAUCAGCACCGCCAGCCAGACGUCACCCAGCCUGCAGCGGCCCACCCGCAGCAAGAGCUCCUGCGACCUCGCCCAGGAGGGGGCGCCCUGUGCAGUGGGCCGCAGCCAGGAUCCGCCCCUGGGGGGCACCGCCAGCCUUCCUGCCCUUGGUUGCUCCCUUGCCUUACCCCACGCCCAGCAGUGCCCCAGACUUCCUGCCACCCUGUGCCCCGGGCUGCCAGCUCUCCGGGGGUCAUGCCCCCCGUACCCGGGGCGGGGGGCCCCGUGUCUCUCGGCCAGCUGCUCUUCCCAGCGCAAGCACUGUGCCCCCUCCUCCACGCAGCCCCAUGGCACACCAAGCAGCUGCAGCAGCUCUGGCGCCCCCUGGCUGUGCCCACCCCCCUCUGAGCAGGCCUCGAGAGCCCCUCCCUGUGCCCCCCAGAGGGGCAUCCCUGCCCCCUGCCCCCUUGCUCAGGGCCCCCCCACCGAAGACCCCACCUCUGCCUUCCUGCUUCCCACAGCAGGGCCCCCUAAGUCAGGAAAACCAGCAGCGCCUGCGGCCUCCCCAGGGAGCCUCAGCACCACUCAGGCCCACCCCCCAGCCCCCACGCCUUCCCAGAAGCCUCCGGACCCCCUUCUGCCUUCCUCCGGUCGCAGCUGCCCCCCUGAGACCUGCCUCUCCGCUGGACCUGGGGAGACGUUUCCCCGCGGGCAGGACCACCUUCUGCAGCUGGUGUCUGUGGCUGCCGCGCAGAGGGCGCCCCCGCCAGCAUCUCAGGACCUCCCCGGGCGGGUGGGUGACAUCCACUCCCAGCUGCAGUCCCUCGAGGGGGUGCUGGAGACCAGCCAACGAACCAUCAAGGUGCUACUCGAUGUCAUUCAGGAUCUGGAGAAGAAGGAGGCGCAGCGAGACGGGCGGCAGUCCUACCGGACAGGGCAGGACACCACCAACUGCGGGACGUGCCGGGACUGCGCCUGCAUCAUCUACAGCGUGGAACAUGAUUUCCGGAAGCAGGAGGGGCGUUUGCAGCAGGUGCUGAGCACCAUUGAGCCUGAGCUGAGCCACAGCCCCCCGGUGGCCACGCGAGCUGCCACGCCAAGCCACCAGGAGCCGUCGCCAACGCUGAAUCUGCCCGUGGUGAAAGCGGAGGCCAAGAAGUCCCGGCGAAAGUGUUUCUGGUUCCUGUGAUGGUGCCGUGCCCAGAAGGGUCCGGGGGUCUCCCUCCCCAAGGAGCCAUGGGGUGAGGGGGCUGCCUCCCCCCAUCAGUCCACACCAGUCAACCUGCCACAGAGCCGCAGCGUGGAGGGAUUGCACCAGCCUUUUUAUUGUUCAGAUCUGUCCAGUUUAACUUGCAGAGCACCCCCCCCAAUGAAAGGAUGGGGGAGAGAAGGGAAGACACACACACUGUAUCCGAGGAGGUCUCAAUAAACUCCUGUGAGGCGCCUGUUUUCAAA